AUGGCUGGUUUGGACUUAGGAUCAGCUGCUCACUUUGUUCCUCAGCUACACAGGUCUGAUCUCCACCUCCAAAGACCUGUAGAUUCUGAAGAUGAAAGUACCAGAAACCAGUUUUCUGGUGAAAACGAAGAUAAUAUGCAUCAAGGGCUCGACCUAAUCACCUCCAAUACAAGUUCAGGCGAUAUGGGUGCGCGUAGGCCGCGGGGCCGCCCACCGGGUUCCAAAAACAAGCCAAAACCGCCUGUAAUUAUCACCCGAGAGAGCGCAAAUACGCUUCGUGCUCACAUAUUGGAAGUCGGCAAUGGCUGUGAUGUGUUUGAGGCAGUGGCCCUUUACGCAAGGAAGAGGCAGAGAGGGAUUUGCAUUUUGAGUGGAACAGGCACGGUCAACAACGUGAGUUUGCGGCAGCCCGCUGCUGCCGGCUCUGUGGUGACACUCCAUGGGCGUUUUGAGAUAUUAUCCUUGUCGGGUUCCUUUUUGCCUCCACCGGCUCCACCAGGUGCCACCAGUUUGACAAUAUAUUUAGCCGGUGGCCAGGGCCAGGUUGUUGGCGGAAAUGUGAUCGGUGCUUUGAUUGCUUCUGGACCGGUAAUCAUUAUCGCUGCCUCCUUCACUAACGUGGCAUACGAGAAGCUUCCGUUGGACGAAGACGAGGCACUUCAGAUGCAGCCACCGUUGUCGCAGCCAUCCAGUGGAAGUGGUGGUGGCAGCGGCCAAUUUCCUGAUCCAUCUAUGGGGCUUCCUUUUCUUAAUUUGCCACUGAAUAUGCCAAAUGGUCAGUUUCCAAUGGACGGUGCAUGGACCGGAAACUCAGCCGGCCGGCAACAAUAUUAG